AAAUCUGGACUUCUGCGUCUGGGUGCUCUGGGCCGCCCGUCUCCGUCCCCGCGUGUGCGUGCUAGAGAUAAGAUGUCCUCUUGCCAGUGACCCGGAACGGGGCUAGCUCUGGCCAUGGAGCUGCCGCUCUCUGCGCCGCGCGCGCAUGCCGCCGCUGCCUUCUCCUGCAGCCCCACUUAUAUCUCCCGGCUCCAAUGGGCAGCCACUUCCCACAGCCGCGCGCGCCCUCUGCACGCCCGCAGGAACAAGAACUCCAGGGGCGACCCUGCGGAGCCCAAAGUCAUCACCAUCGGCAGGCCCGGGAAGAAGAGCAAGCGGCGCGGCGACAAGAAGCAGGAUCAGCAGCAGCUCUCCGCGGACCAAGAAGAUGAAGACGACGACGAGGAGGAGGAUGAGGAGGAGGACGAGAGGGACGUGGCGAUCCCGGAGGUGGUGACGAACCGGAUGAUGCGGCGGGUGGGGGCGUCGGUGGGGCUCCCACUGGCGCUGGGGCUGGCCUUCUUCCCGGCGUUCUACUACCUGAAGAAGGUGGCGAAAGUGGACGUGCCGAGCUUCAUCCCCUACGGUCUGUCCUUCGUCUUCUUCGGGGCGGCGCUGGCCGGCGUGAGCUACGGCAUCGUGUCCGCCAGCUGGGACCCCGCCAGGGAGGGCUCCCUGCUCGGCUGGAACGAGGCCCGCCGCAACUGGCCCGUCUUCUGGGAGUCCUUCCGGGGCACCCCUCCUCCUCCGGGCCCUCCUCGCCGGGGACGAUGAUGAUAGGCUGUCGUGGUAACUCGGUUAAGCUUAAUUACUUGUUUCCCACAGUUUCCUCUUCUUGUUUACGCCUGUACGUAGCAAACGAGAUUUUGUUGGUCAGUCUCUCAUCAGCAUUCGGAAAACAAAACUCUCACCAGUAA